GAUAUCUUACUUGUGCUCGCUGUUCAAGCUCAGGAGUGCUUGUCCUAGUUGAACCAGUUUCAACUGUUAACGGUGGAGAUCAGCACCUAGCAACUCCUAAAACUGAACGAUGUUCAAACUGUUCAGGUUCUGGAAAGGUGAAUCAUGCGCUUGGGUUUUAAUUGGGACUGACAUAAAUAUUCUGCUACUUGCUAAGUUCGCAAAGCCUUUAAUGGGACCUGCCCAGAUAGUCAUAAACAGCAUCCUCAUUAACGGUGAAGUAUGUAGUUUUCUUUUCUCUUUUUUACUUACCUUUUAUAUCUAAAAUUCUGAAUUAUCGUUCUUCUCUUUUUGGUAAAUGAAGAAUUAAAGUCACAUCUAUGAAAUUGAAGAACUGGUAAUUGUUCUUUGCCACCACUAGUGUAAAUCAGGUAAUGUUACAGGCUCAACUCCUCAUUCACAUAUAAGAUGGUGGGAUAUGUGGUGGGUAAUUCCUGGGUCGAUUGAGGCUUUGUUUCAGUGGUGGGCAGGGGCUUUGGUUAAGAAAAAAGAGGUGAAGGUGUGGAAAAUUGUGCCGCUAGUUUUAUUUUGCCAAUUUGGUAGUUAAGGAAUGAUAUAUUGUUUAACAGUGGCCAUCCUAAUUUUGAUGAUUUGGAGGACAUUGUGAAGACCAGGAUUGCAUUUUGGGCUAAGAACAAUUUACCAGGUGUGCAGUACGGAGUGCAUGAUUUUGUUCAUAGGUCAGACAUUGCUUGAGAUGAAGGGUGUUUACUGGGGCACUGUGGUGGCAGUGUUCUGGGACGCCUUGUGCUGGUUUUGCUGUCAAGUCCUGCUGUUGCUGUGUGUAGUCCAGUUGCUGGGUGCGUAGUCCCACUGCUGUGGUCUUGUUAUGGGAAGCCCUCUGCUGGUGUUUUUGCUGUUAUGAACUGCUGCUGCUGGUCCUAUAGUUGCUGGUUCUCUUGUUGCUGGUGUUUGCUGUCAUGUGUAGUAACAGUUUGCAGUAGUAGUGUGCUGCUGUAGCUGUGUACUUGGUGCACUUAUCAGUUUGUUAGCAGUCCUGUUAUAGCUUCUGUGUUGUUUGCUUGCUGGGUUGUCAUGCAGUUGCUAAUGUUUGCGGGGUUGAAAUGCUGUUGCUGAUGUUUGCUGGGUUGACAUGCUGUUAUAGCUGUUGUUUUGCUACCUUGGGUGCUGUUGGUGCUGCUGUCUAUUGGUGCUGCUUGUUGCUACCUUGGGUGUUAAAUACUGGUGCCUCUUCCUGUGGCAAGGAGUUUGAUGGUGUAUUGUUUAGAAGUUGCUGGAAGAUUUUACAAGGGAAGGAGUUGGCAGAGUUGGAUGGUUGUCCUUGCGGUGUGGUUGGUCUGUUUUUUACUGUUUUUCUUUUUGUUUCUCUGUUUUGGAUUGGUUUCUCGUCAAUCUGUGGGUUUAGUGCUACCAUAUAAUUGUGCUUCCUCCUUGAUGCCAACCUAGUUGGGAUUGUGGAGUUUAGCUAUGAUGUUUUUUGCACUUCCCUUCUUUAUUGAUGUUUAUUGUUGCUUGUAUUUGCUCACCUCAUCAAUAAAGUUUUCCUUUUCUUGCUGGUCAAAAAAAAAAA